AUGUCUUCUCAGUUCGGUUUUGGGGGGCCACUGUUCCGUCUGAAGCAGGCUCUCGUCAUUUUUCAGGCAUUUGUUGACGGCAGCAGUUUGCGACAGCGAUCGAAGGCAACUUUAAAAGAGGAAUGCGUUUCUUUGCAAAGAAUAUUAGAGGGGUGCUUGCAAGCUCGCGUGCCUCAAGAUGCGGACCUCAAUUCCGCUGCAGAGCAGGUCGUGGUGCACCUGGCCGAGGUCAUGGAGACGAUCAAGCAAAUCACGCAGCAAGCGAAAAAGGAGUCAAGGUGGUGCUCCGCUGUUAGAGGCUUGGAAGAGCGAAUGAGAGCCCGAAGAAGAUUGAAGUGUUUGCCAUUGGCAUUGUGUCGCGUCCUGUUCAAGUUCACUGGAGUCUUAAUUGGCACUCUUACUGCUGUCCAGCAACAAAAUACGCUUGACAUGGCCGCAGCAAGACUUGAGUGUGCGAAGCUCCGCCGGGAACUGUCCAAAGAUGACGACUUGGAGAAAAAAGAAUGUGCAUCACGGUUGUGCAUUGAGGGACACAAGAACCGGUUCGGCUAUGGCGUUCCUACCAACUUGUUGAGGGCAUUCCAACUCUACACAGAAGCGGGCAGAUUGGGGGACCUGGAUGCCCUGACGUGUGCAGGAAUCCUGCUGGAGGAGGGACUGGUUGAUCCAGGCACUGACUACGACGAUCUGGUGAGCGACCUGGCUUUGGCAGGGUCUGUAAGCCCAGCGGAGCGGAACUCUCAGGACCGCACUUCGUCAGAUCGAAUAAUUACCGUCCCCCUCAGCUUGGGAACCUGUACGGAAAGUGGUUCUCUCCAUUGCACACCAUCAGUGGAAAGCCAGCGACGGAAUAACCCACCCAGGACCUCCUUUUAUUCUGCACCAGCAAGCAGAUCGUCAUCACUAAAAAGGGCGUCGAUGGUGGCUUCAAGCACGAACGACAGGUUGAAGGCAGCCCGUCGCUACUAUGAAGUAGCUGCAAGACAAGGCCAUGCUGACGCACUCUUUCGCCUUGGUAAAAUGACGGAGGGAGGUCAGGGCGCAAUUCCUGCUGAUCCAGUACAUGCUGGGAAAUUAUACGCCGAGGCGGCCAAACUGGGACACGCCGAAGCCCAAGUGGCAGUAGGAUACGCUUGCGAACAAGGACAAUCUGGACGGAUGCAGGACUACGAACAGGCGAUCUUUUGGUAUACGAAGGCAGCGGAACAGGCGUUGCGAAAGACUACCAACAGGCAUUAG